ACUGAAAUAGCAAAUAGUAGUCCUAGCAUAUACUAUAUAUAUGACAUAAAGCCUCUUCUUUAAUUUUAGCUCUUUAUUCUCAUUCUCCUUGGCUUUAUCUUUCUUCUCUCUUUGUGUGUGCUUUCUUUAAUUUGGCACCCCUUGUUGAUGUGAUUCUCCACUAAAUUCACCUCCCCACCCUUUACAAAAGAGAAACAAGGAUCAACUAAGAGCCAUGGUUUUUUCAUCCAUUCCAGCUUAUCUUGAUCCACCCAACUGGCAGCAGAAUCAAAGCUACCGAAGUGGAAACACUGAGUUUCUUCAACUACAGCAGCAGCCACCACCGGUACCGCAACCGGCGCCUCCACAGCCUCAUGGUGUGGGUGGUGCAGGCACCAUCAGGCCUGGCUCCAUGGCUGACAGAGCCAGGAUGGCGAAUAUACCUAUGCCUGAAACGGCCCUGAAAUGCCCUAGAUGUGACUCCACUCACACGAAGUUUUGCUACUUCAACAACUACAGCCUUUCGCAGCCACGCCACUUCUGCAAAGCCUGCAGAAGGUAUUGGACGAGAGGAGGCGCCUUGAGAAGUGUUCCGGUCGGCGGUGGCUGCAGAAGGAACAAAAGAAGCAGCAAAGGAAGUACUAGCAGCUCCAAAUCUGAACCGGCUAGUAGCGAACCGGCAAACUCGGGUUCUACAAACUCUGCACUACCUUCUAAUUCAACUCCAAGUGGUGGUAUAUUAGGAGGCCUAACGUCACAAAUUCCACAGCUAGGUUAUAUGCCUCCUUUAACUCACCUCAAUCCGGGUACUCAUGAAUCUGGCUUGAAUUACACUGGAAUAUCUGGUGCUCCGAAUGUUUCGGGUGAAAUGAAUUUUCAAAGCAGCAACUUAUAUAGUGGAAGUGGAGAUGGCGGUGUUUCCUCACUCUUGUCUAGUUCUGGAGGAGGUUUGGAGCUGUGGCGCAUGCAUCAUGCGCCACAGUUUCCUAAUUUCUUGGGCGGAUUUGAUCCAUCAGUGUCCCAAGGAAUGCUCUAUCAGAGUAAUUAUCAAGGUGUUGAGGGUUUGGGAUCUGCAGGCUAUGACGGUGCCAAAUUGUCAAGCUCCGCUUCUAUGAUGUCUCAGCUGGCUUCGGUGAAGAUGGAAGCUAGUCACAACUACAUUAGUACCGCGAACAAUCAAGAUCACGGGGAGCCGAAUUUAGCAAGGCAGUUCACGGGGUCAGUGCAAGGAAAUGAACAUCAGUGGACUAGUACUGCAGGUGCCACUGCGUGGACAGAUCUUUCAGGGUUUAGUUCUUCCUCUACAAGCAAUCCCUUGCUCGUUGACAGGUGUUGAAGCUAAUCUACAAGAUAUCAAGUACAAGGCUUGUCAAGUUCCAAUGAUGAGAUUGCUUUCAUGGUCAAGAGAAACCCUAGCUAGAAAUGCAUGGUAGGUUAAUAUAUAUAUGAUCUUUAUUUUUUUUCUAUUGUCGUUCUGGUUUUGGUUUUGAUUUGUAAUGUACCUCUAAUGAAGUUUGUAUCUUGAAUCACUCUUGAUCUUGGCUCCCACAUUGGUCAAUAAUUAGACAUGAAGGGCUUGCCUUUGACAUAUAUAUGAUUGUAAUGAUCAGAAGAACUGGUGAACUGAACUAGCUGCAUGCUCAAGCUAACGUUUGUGUUCAUUUUGUGUAUUUUA